AUGGCCGAGGCGGCGGCCGAGGCUGCGGCCGAGGCGGCGACGAAAGCGGCGGCCGAAGCAGGAUCGGAAGCAAAUGACCGUGUGCCAGUCGUGCUCGCGCAACCAUGCCACGCUGGCUUGCUCGCAGGGUGGGCCGAUGGCGAGGUCGAGCCUCUUGAUGCGCUUGAUGCGCUCGGCAUCCGGGUCGUGCCUGAGUUUGUGACUGCCGACGAGGAGGCGGCGCUGGUCGAGUGCCUCGAGGCUGGCCGGUUUACGAGCGUGGGCGGACGCGAGCUACAGAACCUCGGCGGCGUGCCUCCAGUCCUUGACGAGGGUCCAGGCAUGGUGGUCGAGCCGCUCCCAGAGUGGCUCGGCGACGUUGUGGCUGCGCUCAACGCUGCUGGGCUGUACUCAGGCGAGGCGGCGGUGCCGAACCACUGCCUCGCCAAUCGGUACCCGCCGGGAACCGGCAUUGCGCCGCACUGUGAUGGCCCGCGGUUUGCACCGCUCGUGGCUGACAUCUCGCUCGGUGCCGAUGCGGUGAUGGUGUUCAGCGAGGUAGCCUCUCGCGAGAUCGUGGCCGAGGUCGAACUGCCGGCGCGGUCGCUGCUGGUCUUUGCCCGUGACGCCUACCACAAGCACAAGCACGCCAUCGCGUCGUCGCCUACAUACGAGGGAAGUCCGACGCGGUACUCGCUGACACUGCGGCGGGUGAAACGGGUGGCGGAGGCUGGCGCUGCGCGCGAGAUCCUGUACACCGACGAAGGGCUACGGGCGGCACGGGCGGCCAAGUUCGCCCACCUGCGACUCAUUUCGGAGAAGGAGUGA